AUUCCAAGCUACCUUGGAGUGUGCUAACACUUUAGGCGCUGCUGAUUACCUGUACUUUACAUGAAGUCACGCAGGAAUCAUUAAAUUCUCUCAUCAAUUGUAUGAACAUUAUCCUCUGCGGCUCAAGUAUCGAUUUAUUUUCAAGAAAACCGACCAAUACAUUAACACGAUAGUUUGCAUUGGAGCAACACUGAAAAAGUCUUCGGUGUUGGAUAGAGAACGUAUAAUUUUUUUUAGAUCGCAAGUAUACCACGACGUAUGUACAAAAUUUUCAUCAAACCUGCCUUCAUUUUUCUGAUCCUUGGUGACCAUGGUUGGGACCUCAUCAAGUUUUCAAAAUUCACCUGGGUUGCCUCCUCUGGUGCCCCCGAGAACCAAAAACUUGAUCCGAAGGACACUAGCCCUGGCUCCGUGGUUCUGCCUGAGAGGUACAAGGACGAGGACGCCCCGAUUCCAGUUCGGGUUCAGCCGGGUGACCCGCCGGAUGACGUCAUCAACGUGAGCCCUUACUACUGGCGCGGGAACCACUCGUACUUCCUAUGGGAACACCAACCCUGCGAGAACUACAAGGUGCAUCUCGGAUCGCAGACCAACAACCGUCGGAUUUACGGCUGCAUGAAAGUGGCGUUCAAUCUGAAGAAGUACCAGGAGGCGGAGGUGGCCAGGGGCCAGACGCUGUCGACCAACUGUUCCGCGAUUAUCGCGGGCACUUGUUUCGAAUUUGGGGGCACAAAGGUCGCUGCUAUAUUCUCCAACACCCCGACGAAAAUACGUAUAAAUACGUGCACGUCGUUGACUGCCAUUAGCGGUACAAUGGACCAAAUCUGCCGUGCUAAGGAAGAACGCGAACAUUCGACAAUUGCCAAAUUCCCCCGAAUAAAACACGUAUUUUUGAAAAAAGUCAUGCAUAUUCAUCCUUGAAAUUUUCAGAUAUUUUAGAUUAACUAGAGAACAAAAUAGUCUGAAAAAUUGGAAGAAAAAUAUCUACAGUUUCCCCAAUUUAUCAGAAGAAAUGCUGCAACACUG